AUCGAUCAGUCGACAUGAGCCUCCUCCUCGGCCUGCAGUUCUUCUCGCGACCUCGUCGUCUCCGCUGGCUGCGCGUCAUUACCGGCUUCGCGUGGUGCUGCGGUGGCACCCGCUCGCUCCGCGCCGGCUCCGGCCCCUCUCCUCGCGAGCCACCCGCGGCGGCAGCAGAGGCGCGGCUGGCCGUCGGUCCAGUCAGCGUGUCGGACAUGGGUGCUCUCGAACGCCAGCUCGGCUAUCGGCCGUACCCGCUCGCCGUCGGCGCGCGCUGCGUCCACGGCCACCCGCAGGCGUUUGUGUGGGACCCGCUCGCGCGCUUUCACGGUGGCCGUGCGCGGCGGGCGCCGCUCGACUCGGGCCUCUUCCGGCUGUCGUGCCCGCUGCUCGUGCAGGCGGUGGACCGGUGGGAGGCAGAGGGCGCCGUGCGCCAGCUCCAGGCGGAGGUGGACGAGGGGAGGGUGAGCGAGUGCUCGAGAGCCGACCUCGAGGAGGCCAACCGAAGGCAUGCCCUCGCGCGGCGCGCACUCGUCGGUAGCCGGCUCGAGGAGGCGCUGCAGCGGUCGCGUGAGGCGGACGCCGCCGCGCCGCCGCCGCCGCCGCCGCGCCGGAAGCGGACGGGCGCCGGCGCAAAGUCGGGCGCGCGGCCGCCGCGCGCCCUCUCGCGCGAAGAGCUUAGCGAGCUGGUGCUCAACAGCGGCGUCGCCGGCCAGAGCCCCUCGAAGCCCGAGGUGAAGUGCCUGCACGCGCAGCUCGCCGACCACCUGUGCCGCGACCACUCCAACCCUCUCGGCGAGGCGAUCCUCUCGGGCGUCGCGGCGCGCGGCGUUGCGGUGCACGGCGACAGCCAAUGCCACCAGCAGUGCGACUGCGGCGUGGCGCGCGAGGCAGCGACGUGGUGGUACACGCCCGUCAAAAACAAGCAAAAGCUGUUCACGCGGCUCGAGCGGAGGAAGCAGCGCCAGGUGGCGAGGCUGGAGGCGGCGGAGGAGGGCGGCGGCGGAGCGGCGAUCCGCGUCCCACACGUCAACAUGGGCCUCUUCGACGCGCUCACGAGCAAGGCCCCGCGCUACGGCCCGCCCGUCGUCAUCGGCGAGGAGUCACUCAUGUCUCAAAAGGCGCACGGAACGAGCGAAGUUCCCGUCCAGAAGGAUUUGCGCUGGAACUGCGGCGCCGACCUCGCCGACCGGAUCUGCAAUUUCAACCGGCACUACGCGGAGAAUGCCGGCUACUGGGAGCGCUCGACAACGUUCCUCAAGGAGGAGGAGGCCAACACCGAGGAGAUCACGUUCUUCGACUCCAACAGCGGAGACCCGCUCUUCUACGGGCCCCGCGGCCGCACCUGGCAGAGCUUCGUCAAGGAGUCGCGCUCGCACGGCUGGCCCUCGUUCCGCGACGCCGAGGUCAACUGGGACUACGUGCGCGUGCUGCCCGACGGGGAGUGCGUCUCGACCGCGGGCACGCACCUCGGCCACAACCUGCCCGACGGCACUGGCAACCGCUACUGCAUCAACCUUGUGAGCGUGGCCGGCCGCCCCGCCGACGGCCCCGUCGAGCGGCACAUCGGCCCGAAGGCGUGAGAAAAGUCGGGUGAGCCGUGCGUCCGCGGCGCGCUGCAGAUGCCUCAGGCGCCUCCGACAGUCGUGGCAGGCCGAGGCGCGCGGCGGCAUGCUUAGCGCCAGCCUUUUUAGUUUAGUAUGUUUUUGCUUUGCAUUAUAAUAAAACAUGGGC